AUGCGGCAAAACACCAGCUGCUACGGGACUCUUGACGAGGACCAGCGCGAGAUUCGCCUGUUCGAGCUCCUCCCCGGCGAGAAAGACGAUGCCUUGCGCGGGCGCCUGACGACCGUGUCGCUGGACGCGAACCCGCAGUAUGAUGCAGUCAGCUAUGUCUGGGGCGAUCCCCAGCUCCGCUUCCCGCUCAUCAUCAACGACGGUCAGACCAUCCUGAUCACGGAAAGCCUACAGGUGGCCCUCCCCUGUUUGCGGCUGAAGGACGAGCCUAGGGUGCUCUGGAUCGAUGCCAUCUGCAUCAACCAGGGCGAUGAUCAAGAACGGGGUCAUCAGGUCGGGAUGAUGAAGGACGUCUACUCCAGGGCCCGCUGCGUACGGAUCUGGAUGGAUGUCGAUGUCGAUCUCACAUCCCCGGCCUUCCAUGCUGCCCAGCAGCUGAAGGCGUCACGGAACUGCUUUCAAUUCGAUGAUGAAAGCUCUCGUUCCUCGGACCUUGGCCAGACCAAGGAACUGACAGAUCAUGAGCCGGAGUUCUGGGCCCCAAUGCACAAGAUAUUCGCUCACACAUACUGGGAAAGACACCUUUUACGGCACAACGAGGACGUAUAUUCAGUACGCGAGGCUCGAAAGCUUCUCUUCUACACUAUGAGUGUUGGUUUCUGGGUGAUGAGAAAACAAUACAAAGUCCGCAGCGCCGUGCCGACGUUACUUCGAUUGUUCUUGAGAUCAAUGGGCCUCAAGACAAGCGACCCUAGGGAUUGGGUGUACGGGUUUGUCGGCCUUGCUCUGGGCUACCACGAGGGGGACUUUGCGCCGGAUUACACCCUCACUCGCUUCCAGACUUAUUCUUUGGUCGUGAAACACUACGUACGCAAAUACCAAUCUGUCGACUUCCUCUGCUACUACCUGUCGGGAAGCACAGACCGGUCCUUGCCGACUUGGCUUCCAAUGCACGAAGCCCUUCUACUGACGACCGACUUCGCGUCCAAGUCGACAGCUGUUCCUGUGAGCUCGGACAUCGUAGAGUUUGAUGGCAGGCUGAUGGCUCUACGAGGUAUCAGAUGCAACAGAGUUUCAUGCAGGGCUGCCGACCCGAAUUUCUCUAUGACCAUUUCGGAACUGAUCACGCAACUCGAAGCCAUAUCUGCGGAGCUCGGUGUUGAAAGCGAUCCAUUCGCAAGCGCGCCUUUCCUGGAACUCCUCGAGUCGUGGGCCCUCGGCGAUGUCAAGCUCGAGGACCUGUCUCGGGACGAGUUUAGGGAUCACGUCGUCGACCUGAUCGGGCUGGUCUCCUCCGAGGGCCUCGAAGACUCGGACCCCAUGGACGUCGAGUCCUCGCUGGGGCCCGACCUCGAGCAUCCCGAGAACAGGACCCUCAAGUUCUUCAUCCUCGGGCUGCACCGGCUGGCUCAUCGGGACGGAGAACAAGCGGCUGGGCGCCUCCUGGUCCGCCUUCAAGGCCCGCCCCGCGCAGCCGGGGGGACGAGAUCUGGGUCCUGCUCGGCUGCUCCAUGCCCGUGGUCCUGCGCCCAAGCCGGACUGGCCGAUACCUGGUGGUCGGGCCCGCGGUCGUCCCCGGCCUGA